GUACUAUAUUUCUACAAAGCAAAAAUAUUAACAUGGUUAAACGUAUGCGAUCUGAUGCAGUUCCAUUAUCAUCGGAAGAUUAUAAAUUUAUUAUGCAAUAUCGUGAUGCAAAAUCCAAAACUGAGGAUUUAUCUAUACUUGAAUCGUACUUACCAAAUAUUGACCAAGCUAGUGUAGCUGAAAAUUCUAAUG